AGUGAGUGUUCGCGCGGCUUACGGAUUGCCUGUGUGUCGGAUUGCAGCGCCUGUUCGCGCCGAUUUUGACGAGUGAGCGGUGUGCGAUGCCAUCUGAUUGAACCGUUUAGCUCUCAUUGAAGAGAGCGAGCCCUCGUCCUGCGACACAUUUAAAGCUAAUUCACGUAAUAUGACGCGUACUUUUGUAACGCUGGUCUCGUUGACAUUGAUGGGUUGCCUCACCGAAUCUUCAUUUUUCGCACCGAUUGUUCCCAAAACGUUCACUUUAGAAGAAAUAGUGCCUUUACAAGCAGACUUUUACCCAGAGCGAGUUCAAAUAGAGUGGAUCUCAGACACUGAGUACAUUGUAAGGGAACAUAGAAGGGAUUUUAGAAAGUACGAUGCCCUCACUGACACAUUCGUGACGAUAUUGAAUGAAACAGAUUGGGUCAGUUUACAAUAUUACGCAGUUACGUCGUACUCUAGCGACCUUAAAUAUUUUUUACUGGCUACUAAUAUUACGAAGGUAUAUCGAUACUCUUCUUUAGCUGACAUUUCGGUGUACGAUGUCGAAUUAAAGUCCAUUUCUAAAAUAGGACAAGGACCGACACAAGUGGUAGUGUGGGGGACUAGUGGAGCUCUAGCCUAUGUUGAAAACAAUAAUGUGUAUUAUGUUCCCAAUGUUGCCCGACCUGAUGUAGUUGCUGCACUAACAACCGACGGUAUCCCUGGGGAAUUGUAUAAUGGCGCUACGGAUUGGAUAUAUGAAGAGGAGGUCUUCAAUGCGGCGGAGGCUCUGUGGUUUUCACCCAACGGUACAUAUCUUGCGGUUGCAUCCUUCGACGACCGAAACGUAGAGUCGGCCAUAUACCCCUACUACGGCAGCGCGAGUGACCUCGACAACCAAUAUCCGCAGUUGAUUCAAUUCAAAUAUCCAAAGGCAGGCCGCACUAAUCCAGUUGUUGGUCUCCGGGUUUUCAAUUUAAAUAACUUAACAAGCGAACCAUGUGUUAUACCCGCUCCAGUGGAUGUUGUUGGAUUGGAUCAUAUACUGGGCAGAGUGAAUUGGGCGACCGAUCAAAAUUUAAUUGUUCUGUGGCUGAACAGAAGACAAAACAUCAGCAUUCUGGUCAAUUGCGACCUAGCUAAAGACAAAUGCAGUAUAGUAAAGGAGCAAACUGAAAUAAACGGUUGGGUUGAUAUUCAUGAGCCUUUCUUUAACAACGCUGGUACGAAGAUGCUGGAAAUAGAACCUAUGUUCUACAAUGAUCAAAGGUUUUUACACGCAGCUCGUUUCGAUUUGAACUCAUUGACAACUGAAGACCUCAGUCCUGGAAAUUCCACGGUCACGUCCAUUGCCGGAUGGAACGAGGAAACGGAUACAGUGUACUAUAUUUUAUCGCCUUGGGAUCGGCCUUGGGAAAGGCAAUUGUGGUCGACAUCACAAGGAGUCAGUCGAUGCAUAUCCUGCAGAGAUGCCUCAUGUCAUAAUGUUGACGCCAUGUUUUCCCCCGGCGCUAGUUUUGGUAUCAUGUCUUGUAGUUCCAGUAAUGUGCCGCCAGUUACAUACUUGUACAACGGUCAGACGAAUAGCCUUAAAAUUAUCGUGUAUAACAAUGAAUUGAACGAAAAAUUACGACAUUAUAAACAUCCAAUGUCACUUUUCAACUCUAUCUCCUUAAGUGAAGAUGUCGUGGCUCAUAUUAAGUUAAUGCUCCCACCCGAGAUGGAGGAGGGGAGGAAGUAUCCUAUGGUGUUGAGAGUGUACGCAGGUCCCGGCUCCACUAGGGUGAAGGACAUCUUCAGUCUAGAGUACUACACUUCAUACCUAUCGACUAAUAGAAGCUAUAUAGUGGCAUCAAUCGACGUAAGAGGAUCUGGUGUGAUGGGAGUUGAGGCAAUGCACGCCGUCAACAACGCACUAGGCACAGUUGAAGUUACCGACACUUUGACUGCGCUAGAACGCUUGAUUACUCUAUAUCCAUUCAUCGACCCGGAACGCAUCGGUGUAUGGGGCUGGAGUUACGGCGGUUACGCCACAACCAUGAUGCUGAUAAAGGACGACAUCAAGUUACUUGCAUGUGGCGCUGCCGUGGCACCUGUUACAUCUUGGUUAUAUUACGAUUCCAUAUACACUGAACGAUACAUGGACACGCCUCAAGCGAAUCCCCUCGGCUACAAGCAGUCGGAUCUGCUAGUCGCGGCGCAGCAACUUCGCGGCAGGCGCUACCUUCUCGUUCACGGCAGCGGCGAUGAUAAUGUGCACUACCAACAUAGCAUGCAGCUGGCCAAACAACUGCAGCACGCUGACAUUGCCUUCGAACAACUGAGUUACACUGACGAGAACCAUUCGUUAGCGGGAGUGAGUCGACAUUUCUACCACGCACUUGAUCACUUCUGGACGGAAUGCUUCGAUUUAUAAAUUACCUAGUUAAUAUUAUUUUAAAUUAUUGUUUUGAACUACAGUGAGGUCUGGCAACUUUACCAAUGAAUGUUAACUUUCCCAUCAGAAGUGUACUGGUACAAAAUUACGCUUAACACGGAAAACGUAACAUUUUUCGAGAUAAGCCAUGUUUUGGAUGAAAAUACAAUAACUAAUUGACAGCAUUGCUUUCGAUAUGGCAACAUGAGAGUUAAUGUUGGCAUUAUAUCUUUGCAGUAACGUAAUAUUAAUGAUUAUCAAAUUUAAUAUAUUGUUUUUAACAUGUUGGUUUUAAUAUUUACCUAUAAAACUAACUUGGCAAAGUUACUAUACUAGUGAUGCCAUGAUGUGACGGUUACUUUGCCAUGUUUUGUUGUACCAAGGGUUGUCACUUUCAACCUCUAUUUUAACCGAUUACAAAUAUUUAAAUAAAGUGUUCUGCUCUUGACAUUCGCCGUUUGUAUGUAUGUUUGUAUUGAUGUUUCACCGUAGGAGCCUAUUAGACCGAAUUUACCAAAUGAGUCGUCAAUCAAUUCAUCUUUAUUAAAAGUGAAGGAGAAGAAUAGAGAAAUCUGUAUUAUUUUUACUGCAUUGUCGGGCAUUAAUAAUAUUAUUACUACUCAGUAUUUUUCAUAAUCUCAACUUAGUUGUGGGAAAACAAUAUAUUAUUACAAAAAAACUUGUUAAAAAUGAUUGUAACAAGCUUUUUUUAUUCUAUACUAUAAUUGAUUUUUGCUUAUUACUGCACCAAUUCCAUUUUUAAUUUUAGACGAGAGUAUUUAUGUUUGAUAAAUAAAAAUAUUAAGUUAAGUAUGUAAUCAAGGAUUUUGACAACCCUACACAUAUUUUAAAGUUUGUAUGAAAAAUUGAAAAAUGGGAGGACAACUUUGCCACAAGCGUAAACUUUUCUAUUUGCAAUACAAUCAAAGAAGCAAUUCACUCUGGGUGUUGUGUAUUAUAUUAUGAGGUAAACUUACCUUCAACCUUGAAGUCAAAUCCUAUUAUUUUCAUUAUAAACCCUUAUGGCAAAGUUGCCACAAAGUGAGGUUGACUUUGCCAUUUUAUAUUUUUGAGUGUUUUGUCUAUUUAAUGUUGGUAUUUGUUUAAAUCAUUAAUAAAUACCAAAUCUAUGAAGAAUAUAAUGUCACAUUUAACAUUGACGUCCAGUUUCACAGUACAUUUUUUGUUGUAAAAUUGGUGUUAAACUUUUAUGCCCUUCCAAAAAUGGCAAAGUUGCCAGGUUUCACGGUAUGUUAUCACGUCAGAAUAAAGACUGUAUAUAUGGUUAC